GUGGAGUGUGAUAUGUGCGGUCAUUGCUGUAUGACCCAGGAGGGUCUGGACCUCCACCGGCUGUCCCAUACGGGUCAGACCCCCCUACGCUGCCCCCUGUCCCCCUGCAGACGGCGCUUCGCUUCCAGCUCAGCCCUAGGGGAGCACAUCGUGGCCCACUGCCAGGGGACUCUGGGGAAGGGCCGCGGCUCCAAGAGGUUCCACUGCCAGAUCUGUGGCAAGGACUUUGCCUACACAUCCACCUUCAACGUCCACAUGAGGAUCCACACCGAUGAGAGGCCCUUCGAGGUGAGGGGGUGGGGAUGUGGGUGGGUGUGUGUGUGUGGGGGGGGGGUUGAGUUAGUGGAGGUGGGCCUUUAAACUAAGGGACAAAACAGUGGGUGGCCCGCCUAUCACCUCUGACCACAGCACAUCGACCAUCAUUUUCGGAAAAUUUCCCGACGAUUCUACAGUUGACACCCUGCAGGUGAUCUAGUGCACACGACUGACGUUCGUUACGGUGUGUCUUGUCCUGAAGUGAUUAAAACACAGUCCGCUACAAGGGAUCAAUGAGAUUUGUCAAUUAUUUUAGCAGUAGCAGAAAAGGCCGUCCGCACAAGACUUUGGUCGUUGUUCUGCCUCUGGUUAUUUUAUUAUUGUUUCAUUCCCUUCUCACUUACAUUUACAUUUUAGUCAUUUAGCAGACGCUCUUAUCCAGAGCAAUUAGGGUUAAGUGCCUUGCUCAAGGGCACAUCAACAGAUUUUUUACCUAGUCAGCUCGGGGAUUAGAACCAGCGACCUUUCGGUUACUGGCACAACGCUCUUAACCACUAAGCUACCUGUGGUUAAGCUACCUGCCCCCCUGCUGCUUCCCCAACGGACAUUCACCCUGCCUCCACACCCCAAUGGAAAUGUAUCAUGUAAAUAUGUAUAUGUUAUUGUUGUAUUAUUGUUUCAUUCACUUCUCUUUUUGACCUACACUGUUGGAGCGCAAAGCUUAACAAUUUCACUGUACCCAGCAAUUACAUCUGCGACCCUGUGCAUGUGACUAAUAAACUCAUCUAAUCUAAGAAAUAAAAGCUGUGGUUGUGGUCACCCCAGUGUAUUAUGCCCGCUGGUGUCCUCCCUCCCUCUCUACAGUUCCUAUGAUUAAUGAGUGGGGCUGAGUUAGAGCCUGCCAGCUCCCCUCUGUGUUGCUAUUCUGGGACCCAGCUCCACUGGGCACCGUCCGGACAGGCAGGAAGGCCCUAAACACAGGACCAACCAGCCUUUCUGCUCACUGUGACAGAACACCCCCAGGCUUCUAUAGUUCAGUAAAAAUGCAGUCAAAGCUGUAAAGGUAUUGGUGAGAAAAUGUCCCUGCCGAUUCCCUCUGGUUCUACUAAUGGUAGGCUUAGUCUCUGUGGUCAUUCAGUAUGGCAGACAGGCAGGUUACACUGCUGUGUGGAAAAAGAUAAAUGUCCUGCAGUAGUAGUGGAGCUCUGUUCUGUUAGCUUCCUUUGUUUUCUGUUCAGUCCCCUGUGUCCCUCUUUCUGUUCUUUAUCUCUACCUACCAUUGUCCUCUGCCCUCCCUCUCUCUCUCUCUCUCUCUCUCUCUCUCUCUCUCUCUCUCUCUCUCUCUCUCUCUCUCUCUCGCUCUCUCGCUCGCUCCCCCCCCCUCACAUUGUUUUUCUACCCCUCCUAUUCUUCUGCCUCUUCAGCCAGAAGUGCUGUCUCUGCAAAUUUGGAGAAGUGUUUCAGAAAAUAUUGUUUUCAAGAUAUGAAAUCUAUGAAUUUUAAUGUCCGCUCUUCUCCUCUUGUCCUUGUUCUCUUGUUAUGUCUUCCGAUCCUACCCAUCCUUCUCCCCGCCACUCUUCUUCCUCCUCUCUCCUCUUCAACUUCUCCUCCCUCUUUCUUUCUGUUCACCCUCUCUCUCUCUUCUCCCCUCCUCCCACUCUCUGCCCUGUCCCCCCCCCAUGUUCCCUCCUCCUCCUUUCUCAGUGUUCUACGUGUGGGAAGCGUUUCCGCCAGCUGCCCCACCUUAAGGACCAUGAGCGUAUCCACAGUGGCCUGCGGCCCUUCUGCUGCUGGGUGUGUGGUAAGGCCUUCAGUGUGGCCGGCCGUCUUACUGAGCACGCCCGCAUCCACAGCGGAGAGACGCCAUACACCUGCCACCGCUGCCCCUCAGCCUUCCGCUCACGCUCCAACCUCGACAAACAUAUCCGUCUCCACGACGACGGAACGGGCGGAAACACGGCCACUGAUGCAGAGGCGGAAGGGGCGAGGGUGCUCUUGUCUACAGGGACAGGGUCGGGUGGCGAGGGGGAGUCGGCGGUGCAGACCAUUCUGCUUGUCCAGGCGGAUGGAACCACAGAGGGGGUGAUGGUGCCAGCCUGUGCCCGUCUCAGAGCACUCCUCUGGGGCUAUGUUCUCUGGGCAGGCUGGGUCCUCCCAGGUGGUGUUCUUGGGUGGUCAGGCCAUCUCUGUCCCCUCCCUCUCAGCCAUCAUGGAGGGACAUGAGAUCCCCUCGGUCACUAUGGUAGAGGGACAGGACGUACCACACACCAUAGAGUUCAUCCUAGAGGAGACCAUCUCAUAG